GAAGAGGCUGCCAUGACACAGUGGAUGCUGCACAGGAUCACUUCCAACAGCAUCAUCGCAGAGCGGACCCACAUUCUCCUUGUUAUCCCCUCUCUUUCUCAUAUUUCCUCCACCUUUGCCUUUCCUUUUCUCACUACUGUCCUUUCCUCCCUGCCACUACCCUCUCCUCUCCUUCGGGCAGCCUGAUGAGGCACACAGCAGAGGACCUUCAGUGGAAAUAGCGGCGACGGUAGCAGUCAAACUGUGUUUCCUUUCAUUUCACUUUGUAUCUCCCCACUUCCUUACCCCUUCCUCCAUUCCUUCUUUCCGCACCUUUCCUCAUUCAAGCAUCCUUAAACGUCUCCCGUAAAGCUAAUUUUCCAUCCCAUCCACUCGCUACCUCAUUUUCCUCCCUUUUCCUCCUCUGGCCUGCUGGUUACCCAGGAUGCCUUGUUUCAAGCCCCUCCGCUAGGCCCUAGCAGCAUGGGCGGAGCCUGGGCAGAAAGCGAGAGAACGGAUUGGACCCUUCCACUCAGGACGGGCACGCUGGCGGGUCACUCUCCCUCAGCUUCAGAUGGGCGAAGACACUGAGAGCCCCAAGAUCAACCACACCUUCCUACGAGACUAUGUCACUGAAGCUGAUGUUAUCUCCACGGUGGAAUUCAACCAGACAGGGGAUCUGCUGGCCACGGGAGAUAAAGGUGGCCGAGUGGUCAUCUUCCAGAGAGAAACUGAGUCUAAAGGGCAGUCCGAGGAGGUGGGGGAGACUGGGGACUCUGGAGAGUACAACGUCUACAGCACCUUCCAGAGUCACGAGCCGGACUUUGACUAUCUAAAGAGUCUGGAGAUUGAAGAGAAAAUCAACAAGAUUAGAUGGCUACCCCAACAGAAUGCUGCACAUUUUCUCCUGUCCACCAAUGAUAAGACCAUUAAACUGUGGAAGGUGAGUGAGAGGGAUAAAAGACCGGAAGGAUACAACCUGAAAGAUGAGGAGGGUCGGCUCAAAGACAUCUCAACCAUCACAUCUCUGCAGGUGCCAGUACUGAAACCAACAGAUCUGAUGGUCGAGGUCCGCCCCAGGCGUGUGUUCGCCAAUGGACACACUUACCAUGUCAACUCCAUCUCAGUCAACAGUGACGGGGAGACCUACUUGUCCGCUGAUGACCUCCGUAUCAACAUGUGGCACCUGGGUAUCACCGACCGCAGCUUCAACAUUGUGGACAUAAAGCCAGCAAACAUGGAGGAUCUCACAGAGGUGAUUACAGCAGCAGAGUUCCAUCCUCAGCACUGUCACGUAUUUGUGUACAGCAGCAGUAAGGGCACCCUGCGCCUCUGUGAUAUGAGAGCCUCGGCACUCUGUGACAAACACACCAAAUUGUUUGAGGAACCAGAAGACCCUGGGAGCCGCUCCUUCUUUUCUGAGAUCAUCUCCUCCGUGUCAGAUGUAAAGUUCAGCCACAGUGGACGCUACCUGCUGACCAGAGACUACCUCACCGCUAAGGUGUGGGAUCUGAACAUGGACAAAGGCCCCGUGGAGACAUACCAAGUCCAUGAAUACCUAAGGAGUAAGCUGUGCUCCCUCUAUGAGAACGACUGCAUCUUUGACAAGUUUGAGUGUGUUUGGAACAGCUCGGACAGCGUGAUCAUGACCGGCGCGUACAACAGCUUUUUCCAGAUGUUUGACAGGGAGACGGGGCGAGGUGUGACCCUUGAGGCCUGGCGGGAGAGCAGCAAGCCCCGGGCCGUAUUACGUACCCGUCGCGUUUACACCGGUGGUAAACGCCGACGUGGUGAUGUGGGCGUUGAUAGCUUGGACUUCAGCAAGAAAAUUCUACACAUGGCUUGGCACCCAUCCGAGAACAUCAUCGCCAUAGCGGCUACCAACAACCUGUACAUCUUCCAGGACCGUGUCAACCCGGAGGCACAGAUGCAGUGACAGGAAUAAGAAUGAAGUGGACAAUGGACAAAUAUCCAUUUUGCAUAUACUGGAGGUGACUUGGAGGUGAGCUUCUAAUGACACUAAUAAUAAGACAUUUCUUUCUGUGUGUCUCCUACCUGUGAGGGCCUAUUUUUGGUCCCGUUCAGUUUUUGUAAAAGAGGUGCAGGGACAUCUCUCUAUAAUGACCUCGCAAUGUUGACUCCUCACUUUGACAAGAUUGGACAAAGUGCAUGGGGUAUAAGGAUUGAUUCCACAAAAAGAUGGUAUGUAUUCAGAGGUAUCCAAUAGCCACAGUUGUGAGAGUGGUGAUCUUAUACUUACGUCUUCACCACAAUUAUCUGAAUUUCUAUAUUUUUGUUGUUGUUAGAUAGCAGCAAAACCUCUCUCCUUUAGAGCAGCGCUCUUUGAGAUUGCGUGCAUUAAGCGACUCAUUACCAUAUUCACUUUGCAAUAAUAGCACUUAAAAACACAGUGCAGCAGUAGUAUCUGCUUUAAAACAUGAGCUCUUCUGCAGGUAACAAAUGUAUACACUCUUUUUACUGUAUGCUGUAAAUAUUGUUUUUUUUUUAAGUCACUACUACAACAUUUGUUGUUUUGAGACUGUAAAAGAGAUUGUCAAAUACACAAGAAAUGAGGUUUAAAGAAUGAAGGCACUAAUCCAGAAUAAGAUGGAAGAGUUUUGGUAUGCUGGUUAUACAAAAUAUGCACAAAUCUAAUGUAUUGUAGUGCUUUGCUGUGUUGGGCUUGUGUUGAGUUUUGAAAUGCUGCUAUUCCAAAGUAUUAUAAAAAUCUAAAAGUAAAAGCAAUUUUAAAUAGUCAGAUAUAGAAUAACAAUGCCCAAAUUAAGCCUGAUAAUGAUAAACAGGCUCUAGUCCCACUGUACUUUCAAUGAGUUUGAUUACAAUCAUGAAAUACAAGCACACAGUGCAUAUAAAUAAGACCCCUGAUGUUAUGAGAACCGAGAAUCAGUGUGUAUGAAGGUCAAAAUUCAUCAUCAACGUCAUGGCUGAAAGAUAAAUAAUGUAUCUUGCUAAAGUGUCUUUUGCCCUUGAAGCAAUUUCAUGUAAAUGUAUCAUUGAAGGCUGUUAUUGAUCAUGACACGCUAUACCUCACAUGCUUGGCUGGGGUGCACCACUGAAAGCCACAAUGUACAGUAAGGUGUAGUUUGUAAGGUGACGUGUAUUGGACUGAACUGUGUGACCUGGUCAUACGUUGAUUGUUUACAGUGUCGUUUUAAGUGACCUUGGCCCUAAACGGGCUCUUGUAGGUGGUUUUGGAAUGUGUGAUGGUGUCAGUGCACAGUUGGACUGGAUCAUGUUGGUAAUAAUCUUAUCUCAUGGCACAAAUUAUGUAAUCAUUAUGUUUAUGUUGUAAGAAAUCACCUGUUGAGCUUGUCUACAUUCGCCUCACUCUUCACAGACAUUUAAGCUAUUCUGUCUGCAAUAGUUCUUGGAUGCACAUCUUGGACAAAUUGGUUUGACAAAGUAAAAUCCACAAUGACAGAGCCCCACUAGAAAGUUUACAUAAUAGGAAAACAUUACAUAAGUUUUGGCACUUGUGUUUGAGAGACAGUCAGUUCUUAUCAUAUCACUAUAGACCAAGAGAGGAUUUGUGUUCAGGAGUGCAGCAGCAGCAUGUUGCCACCACUCAAUGCUACUCGAGUGUAUAUCUAUAAUACUGUAUCUACAAAAAAGUGACUUUAAUGUUUAAAAAAAAACAAAAAAUAUGAAUGAAGGAAUGUGCAUUAAUAAAAUGAUUCAAUCUGACAAAAUUGACUGGUAUCCUUUGUUUGGGUUUUCAAGUUCUUCUUGAGGCAAUGUAUAUAAUAUAUCUAAUACUAUUGACUAUAUCUACUAUAUCGUGGAUGACAUAUGGUCAAAAGAGCAAAUGAAGGUGGGAG